AUGGCUACAGAUGUGAAUAUGGGACAGGUUGCGGUCGAGAAGGCCGAAGAGCAGUACACCAACUUCAUUGCAUCCCUUGCCGAGAGAGCGAAGACUUCGAGAAUCUUCCUGAGAUAUAAGGUCCUCGACAGUUUCCUGCAUCUCGACAGUUAUCCGGGCCCAAACGGGGUCCCAUUCCAUGUCGGAGGCGCGAAAUCAUCACUCAUAUCGUUCGACAAGUCUGGCAAUCUGACUCUUACCCCCAAUGUAAAGGAACAUGAACUGGCUUCCAAGGUCGAUAUGGAUUCUUCUCGCCAAAUCUUUAUCGUUGAAAACAUAACUCCCAAGGUAAUCCGUCUCUUUGGCGGGCUUUGGGAUAUCGAUCCCCAGUUCUUCCUUGACUAUAUCGAUGCCGUGCCGGCCGAGAUGGAUAUCACGAAAGAGGAAACAUCACCCAGGCCCGAUCUGGUUACCAAGGCAUGGUACCGCCACCAGGCCAUUGACGGAUACCUGCCUAUUCUUAAAUCUACGAACACUCGUUACGAUCAUGUCUCAUUUCGAUUUGUUGGCCCCAGAGAGUACAGAAGAGAAGAUUCUGGCAAAUUGUUGGAGCGAAUGAAGCCCGAUAUGGAGAAAAUGAACGUCGAGCGAAUUGCAGGUCUUCAUGUUCCCAUAACGAGAAAACUAGGAAAAGGAGGUCGGCAAUUUGACAACGUUGCAAUGGCGCGCCAUUGCGCUUCUAUCUGGUUCAAACAGCCUGACGAUUCUACUCAUUCGGAGUGGACGAAAGCAAUAAUACUGGUUGACCCUCCUUUCGAACCUGAAGAUGGCGAAACCAUGUACGGCACCAGAGCUGACUCGGCGUACCGUUCCUUUAUCUGCCGUCCGUUACCAAAUGAAGUAAAGGGAAGGGAUCAAGAGCCCAGAUCCAACUACCGAGACUCUCUAGCACAUAUUCUAAUGCAUGAAUUUGCUCAAGGGGGUGAUUUUCAUCCCCUCAUCAUAACUCAAGCCGUGGCUCGCAUCAUAGCAUCUGAGUGGAUUUCCACCAGCGCCUACGUUGAGCGGGACCUAAACACUCUGGAGUGGAGGCUGGAGAACGAUGAGCCAGGCAUGAUAAUACCGGAAAGUUUUCUCAAGAAGCUAUUUAUUCUACGUCGUCGGAUUCGCAAGUACCAGGGUUUAGUUGAUGAACAGUUAGAUCUCUUCCGAAAGUAUUUGCCACAAGCCUGGAUCGCAACAUAUUCACCUGCAGCUGAGAAAGCAAGGGCCUCCGUGGAAGGAGAUUUCGAACAGGUCAGGACCACUAUACUGGAUAAUGCAGCCCGACUAUCCGAUACUCUAGGCCUUGUCACCUCCAUGAUUCAAAUUAGGAAGGGGGAGCAGUCCGCCAAGCAGAAUGAUAGGCUAUCAUUCUUGACUGUCAUUGCCACCAUUGUGCUUCCGUUCAAUGCUUUGGCUGCAAUUCUUGGCAUCCAUAUUUCGGCUAAGGCACCACAAAAGCCAUAUGUAAAGGAGAUGAUCUGA